AUGGCCCAUCAUGGCAAUAGGCACACUCGGUAUAGCAGAUUGAUGAAGAGAACUAAUCGAUCAACAGCUGUUACUGGUGUUACGGGACGUACGAACAGCGGGCACUCCUUAGCUCAUGGGACAGUUGUGAAUGACCCGAGAGGCAUGAUGAAGCGGCAAGCACAGGAUGGGUCGCAGUCCCAAACGGACGGCGCAAUAUCCCAGGAAGACCAGGUUUCGGUGCAAGCCACGAUCGCCGCUACUGAUAUCUCCCAGACUACAUCUGAGGCCACAGUAGUAACGCCCUCACCGACAACUGGUAUCAGCGAGCCUACAGCGUCUGAAACCACCACUGACCAAAGCUCACCGGCUAUCCCGACUACCUCUCCCGAAGAAACUCUGACUGCCUCUCCUGCUUCACCUACCCCCACAACCGAUACUACCCCUGGGACGGCUAGUCAUGAUCCCUCGGCUUCGCCUACUUCUCUUCCUGUGAUAUCUUCUGCUUCCAAUACUUCCGUUUCCCAAAUACCUCUCUCGCCUGCGAGCUCGAGUGAGACGCCUCAGUCAACCUCCAGCACUAUAGUCUCCACCACGACGAGUUCUUCGUCUUCCAGUUCUAGCCAAACUUCGUCAACCUCUAGUUCUAGUUCAAGCUCAUCUUCCAGCACAACAACGACUUCGUCAACUUCUACAUCCACUACAACCUCUACUAUAUCUGAGCUUACUACAACUUCGUUGCCCUCUGGCACUGGAGGCGGUGCCUCAUAUGGUUGGGACGGGGGAUCGGGACCGACAGCUACCGAACAGACACCUUUGACUACUGGACCGACUACAUCAGCGGCAAUUUCUCCUUCCCAGGACUCUGGCGCUCUCGAUAGCCAAACCAAGGGCAAAAUUGCCGGCGGUGUCGUUGGUGGUGUAGCCGGUGCUAUGGCUUUGGUGCUCUUAGUUUUCCUCUUUCUCCGGAGACGGAGAGCAUACCAAGAUCGUGCCCCUGAAGUCCUUCCACCCGGUGAUAUGACCGGUACUGCUGUUGGUGAAGGAUCUGUAACACGGUCAGCUGAUGUGGUUUCGCGACGGUCUAGCAAUGAUCCAUUAUUCACGGCGUCAUACUUUGCGCCAGCGUUUAUGAAACGUUGGAGACAAUCGCGCCUCUCUACCCAUACAGAAAGCACCUUAGAUUCUAGCACCAGCGAGCGUGGAUUCCAGAAGAUUUCUGGUCGGAAGAUUCCCUCAGUACUACAGUCAGGGGGAGAUGGAUAUGGUGGUGGUUUCUCGGAAGGAUCGCCGACCAUGUCGGAGCCAAGUGUGAGCUUCCCGCCAGGUUCACCGGUCCUUCCCCGCUCACCUACCUCUCAACCGCCUCCCUCAACCCCAUAUGGCAUGCCACUGGACGUAAGUUAUACAAGGGAAGCCGAGGAAACAAAUCCCAUUGUGAUUUUCCGGCCCUCCCCGGCCAGGACACCUAUUCCUGGCUCUGCAGACGCUAGUUUAUCUAACGAACCCUCCGUAUCGCGCAUUGUGCCUCUGGCGCAGGGAGCAUUGUCUCCCACUAUACCCAAGCGACCGGAUGUGCUGGGUCGAAGUCAUCCAAGCUUUGAUGGUAGCCGCGGAAGCCGAUUUACCGAGAGUAUAUGA